AUGUUGAUCUUCAUGCUUUUGGAAUUUUUACCCACUUGGGUUUUCAAAUUAAACUUGGUGGUUUUUGUUGUGUGCAUGACUAGUCGAGGAAAAGGUACAAAGUCUCUUAUCAGCAUUGCAGUGUUUUAUAUGCAAACCAUGGAUUUUAUGGUAUCGAGCUCCAAUGUCUGGCCUCCAAAGAUCGUUGCAGCUCAGAAGUACUUGAGCAGCUACUGGAAUUUGUAUUUCCCUUCACUUUCGUGCGAUUUUCCUUCUCUUUUCAAUCCUGUUGGCAAGUUUACUUUUAUUCUUCUUCUUCCAAUGGGUUGCUUGGCACUCGUGGGUGUCUACUUUAUAGUUAUGCUAAGCUACAAUAAGGUUCGUCCACAAGAACGACGAAUGGAAAAUGUUCACUUUAAAUGCCGUCAAAGUGCCUUUUUCUGUUUGAGUUUCACUUACUUUCCAGUUGUAAAGCAAACUCUCUCCAUCUUACGCCCAUGCCAAAAUGACCGUGAUGUUCUUUACAUGCCAAUUUCCCCUUGGAUAGAA